UGGGUAACGUCAGCGCUGCCAGCGUGGAAACGCGGACUGGCUGGGAGGGAGGCGGAAGUGGGAACGGAAGAUCCUGUACGACUCGACACCUGUGGGAAGUGGAGUACAUUAACUACCUGACAGCAUUUGGGUACAGCAGCCCCUAACUUCAGCAUAGAAAUUCUUGGAGUUCAGAGAAACCCUUUCAGAAGAAAAUGUUGGACCCUGCUUUGGCAGACAUGGGCAAGAACUUGAAUGAUGCCAUGAAAUUACUGGAGGAUGCUCAAAGAGAUGUAGAUGAAGAGCAAGACAAGAAGUUUGUCAGGAAAGAUAUCCCUGGGCCCUUACAAGGCAGUGGACAAGACAUGGGAAGCAUUCUGCAGAUCGUACAAAAUCUCAUGCAAGGCGAGGAGGACGGUGGUGACCCAACAUGUCAAAGAAUCCAGCAUGUUGGAGAACAAGGUCACAUAGCUUUACUUGGGCAUAGUUUAGCAGCUUACAUUUCAGUCUUGGAGAAGGAAAGACUUAGAAGGAUGACUACCAGAAUCCUCUCUGACACUACGCUCUGGCUUUGCCGUCUUUUCAGGUAUGAAAAUGGCUCAGCAUAUUAUCACGAAGAUGACCGGGAAGGCCUUUUAAAAGUCUGCAGACUAAUUAUCCAUUCUCGGUAUGAUGACUAUAUCACUGAAGGUUUCAAUGUCCUGACUACUAAACAACCUGUCAUCUAUAUUAGUGCUGCAUCCAGACCAGGACUAGGACAAUAUCUGUGUAACCAGCUUGGCUUGCCUCUCUCCAGCUUCUGCAGUGUGCCUUGUAAUACUAUGUUUGGAUCUCAGCAUCAAAUGGAUGUAGCCUUGCUGGACAGACUCAUUAAAGAUGAUGUUGACUCUGGAAAGCUGCCGUUAUUACUUGUUGCAAAUGCAGGCACUCCAGGAGCAGGCCAUACCGACAAAAUUGGGCGGCUUAAGGAACUCUGUAAUCAGUACAGUAUGUGGCUACAUGUUGAAGGAGUAAACCUGGCAACUUUGGUACUGGGCUACGUCAACUCAUCAGUUUUGGCUGCCACCAAAAGCGAUAGCAUGACUCUUACUUUGGGGCCUUGGCUAGGUCUUCCUGCUAUACCUGCUGUGACUCUUUAUCGUCAUGAGGACCCAUCUUUGUCAUUAGCUGCUGGUCUUACAUCAAGCCAACCAGUAGAGAAGCUCCGUGCCUUGCCACUGUGGUUGUCUCUGCAGUACUUGGGUCAUGAUGGAAUUGUUGAAAGAAUCAAGCAUGCAUCCCAGCUGAGUCAACGAUUGCUUGGAAAUCUGAAAAAUCUGAACUACAUAAGAACUUCUGAAAUUGUUUCGAAGCAAAAGGAGGUGACAUUCUCUGGGAAAUCUUUAGGGGACCUCUUAGGGAAUAUUAUAUUAUCAAUUGUUGAAGAUGAAUUGAGCUCUCCAGUCGUAGUCUUCAGGUUUACCGAACUUCAAGUAAAACCAGGUACAGAGCAAGUGUCAUAUACCUCACAGACAUCAGCUAAGCCAGACUCAACAAACAACAAUCAGAGGGAAUUGUAUGAUACCUUUAAUCGCUGGCUUGGAGAACAGUUAGCACAGUUAGUUCCAACAAGUGGUGUUGAUGUUGUUGAAUUGGAAGAUGAAGGCACUUGUGUACGAUUUAGCCCAUUAAUGACAGCUGCAGUCCUGGGUACCAAAGUGGAAGACACUGAUCAUUUGGUGGAAUGUUUGAAAGCCAAGAUUCCUGUUUUGAACAGUACUUUAGAAUUAAGAGAAGAGUUUAAGAAUGAAGUGUACAGAACAGCAGGACUGACGUACAUUGAGGAUCUUAGCUGGCCUGGUGUGGGUGUCAUAAGGUAUGAACUGUUUGGUGAGGAGCACGACCCAAACAAAAGGCAAGCAGAAGUGGAAAAGAUCAGUUUUGGACUACUGAAGAAGUUGAAAGAACUUGAUUCUGAUCUCUUAUUCUCCAGUGGACCUGAAUUUGGAGGAGAAAAAAACUGCAUCUAUAUUGGCAUGGUGACAGAAGACCUAGACAUGGCUGAAUUGGUGGAAACCAUUGCAACAAUGGGAAGAGAAAUAGAAGAAAAUUCCCGGCUACUGGAAAAUAUGACAGAAGUUGUUCGGAGAGGUAUUCAGGAAGCUGAAAUGCAGCUGCAGAAAGCAAGUGAAGAAAAACUUAUGGAAGAGGGUGUCCUCAGACAAAUACCUUUAGUAGGUUCUGUAUUGAACUGGUUGUCUCCGGUACAGGCCCCCCUGAAAGGAAGAACAUUCAGUCUGGCGGCAGGUUCUGUGGAGUCAACAGAAACGACUUAUGCAACAAAGGCACAAAACACAGGAUCAACCCCGCCACCCACCCCUACCAUCAUUCGAACAAAACACCGACACCCAGGACAGAAGUUGUUUAGACGAUCUUCCAAGUGCUCUGAAGCUGGCAGUGAGGCAGGUUCAUUAGCUCCUGCUGAAGAGAGGGAAAAGGAGGUACAACUGCCUGUAACUGCAUCUGAUAAACAGGAGCAAGAAGUUCCAGAUGAGGUUAAGUUGUCUGAGAAUUCACAGGUGGAUUCUAAGGAGGAACCCGAUGACAAAUCCAAACUAACAGAAUCACUAGACGAAGUAGAGAUACAAGACAAUGAACAAAGUUCUGCUCACACAGAGGAUACUGAAGGCCUAAGAUAAUGCAGCUCUCUCAGACAGUCCCAGAUUAAACUUUUUACCUAUAAAUGGCCGGCUUUAUGAGGAUAAUAAACUGAAAUUGUGAACAGUGCCACAUGCUGCUACAGUAAAAAGUUACUGUAAUGGAACUGCAGAAAACUAAUGAUGGUAUUUAUGGAAUAUCCUCCAAAGUCUAGAAGUAUCUUCAUUUACACUUUCUUGCAGUACCUUUAUUGUUACUUGCAGAUACAUUAGGAAAUUCUUAACAGUUUAUAUAACUACUUACAAUGAAUAUGAAAUGUUUCCUUUAAAGCGUUUUGUAGCUUUCUUGGGGGGUACACUGCGGUUCUGAAAUUAAAACCAUUAAAACAUAAA